AUGCCAGGCUCUCACGACCUUAGUGUAGAGAAUCUCCGCAUUCACGAGCACAUUGUGGGAUCUGAAAAAUACAACAAGCGUAUUUUCAAGUCAGUGACAACAGUUCCCACCGCUCGUCAUGGUGCGAGGCCACCAGCUAAGCCAGACACCGUGGCUCGGUCUCAUGCUCCUGCCAAGGCAGCCUCGAAGACCGCCUCGCGACACCAAGAAGUCACCCACGCAUCGAGACAUGAGAACGAGGUCCUGGUCGUCACAGUCAUUGAGGAAGACGAUGAAGAUGUCUUGCCUCCUUGUGCACCUUCGGUCGGUCACGUCUCCAGCAGGCACGGCUCAAAGAAGUUGCCGUCUGUAAAGCCUCCAGCAUCUCACGUCUCACAUCACUCCCAUCACAGCCGUCACCAAAUGCAUGACGUCUAUCAUAUUCCUGAAGCUAUUCCUCCUCCACCAGGUUUCUCAAGGAUGCCAGAUAUGCCCGUCAUGGAGCCAAUGUCCGAGAUGGCCGAAUUAAAGGACAUGGGAAACAACGAAUUGGCUUUGGUCCACAUGCCGCCCCCAUCACCCCCAAGAUCUGUCGCUUCCGUUGCCUCCAGACAGUUGGCUCAAAGAUACCCUAUCUCUCACCACAUUAAGGCUAGUCACCACAGUAAGACGAGCGGCAAGUCAAAGGCCGUCGACAGUGGUCUUGGAGUUUCGACGGAUCCAGAGAUGCUCGAUGUCCUUGUGGAGGAAGUACACGAGGUUACAAGACGCAGGUUCUCCGUCAAGAUGCCAGGAGACAAGAUCAAGCAAUGGGGAUUCGAACACUGA